AUGAAUCGACAACGUGAGGCCGAAAAGGCCUUGCACGACCAAACGAACAUUCUCCCAUUCGGUCAGCUCAUGGUUGUUUUCACUGGCCUGGCGACUUCCCUACUUAUAAUGUGUAUGGAUCAGAAUGGUAUCAGUGUCACAUUACCCACAAUUGCACGCGAUUUGGGUGCACAGGACACUAUUUCCUGGGCGGGAACCUCCUCAUUGAUCGCGAAUACCAUGUUCACGGUGCUCUAUGGACGGCUAUCAGAUAUUUUCGGACGCAAGGUUGUUUACAUAUCGGCACUAGUGUUGCUAUGCAUCGCGGAUUUGCUCUGUGGUCUCUCACAGAGUCCAGCCAUGUUCUACGUUUUUCGAGGAUUGGCAGGUGUGGCAGGUGGUGGUGUCGCUUCAUUAACAAUGAUAAUUGUGUCAGAUGUUGUCACCCUCGAGCAGCGAGGAAAGUAUCAAGGCAUACUCGGCGCUUCACUUGGCGUGGGAAAUAUUCUCGGACCAUUCAUCGCUGCUGCGUUUAUUGAGCGGUCAACAUGGCGUGGCUUCUUCUGGUUGAUCUCGCCGUUGGCAGCAAUUUCAGCAAUUGUUGGAUACUUCUUGAUCCCGAACAACGCCCAAAAAGAUGAAUUUCGUAAGAAUCUAUACCGAAUUGACUGGUUCGGUGUCCUGGCAUCUUCUAUUGGAAUUAUCUUUGUUUUAAUUCCCGUCUCGGGCGAAGGGUCCUACUUUCCGUGGGAUUCGCCGAUGGUGAUAGCAAUGCUUGUCAUUGGAGGCUGUGCCUUUGUCGCUUUUGCUUUGAUUGAAUGGAAGGUAGCCACAUUGCCAAUGCUGCCAGUUGUUUUUUUCAAAAGCAAAGUCGUCACUGCCCUGUUCUUACAGAGCUUCCUUCUGGGGGCAGUUUAUCAAGCGUACCUCUACUACCUACCACUCUACUACCAAAAUGCCCGCGGCUGGUCCCCCCAUAGUAUCUGCGGCAUUGACUUCGCCGAUGAAAUCAUCUGGAUGGGGUUUGGUCUCUGGACUUUAGGUGCUGGUCUCAUGCUUCUCUUUGAUGACAAGACCCACCCAGCUGUGAUCGCUGUCUGCGUUGGUAUCUCUGGUAUCGGAAUUGGUUUCACAUUCCAACCCACGCUCGUCGCUUUGCAGGCGCAUUGUACCAAGUCUCACCGCGCCAUAUCCAUCUCAAACCGUAACUUUUUCCGAUGCAUGGGUGGAGCAUGCGGUCUCGCUAUCUCUGCCGCCAUUUUGCAGGCUACUCUACGCUCACAGCUUCCUGCCGAAUUUUCCUACUUGACCGAGUCCACCUAUUCGCUCCCUUCGCGAUCCAGUCUCACCGAUACUCAAUGGUCACAAAUUUUGCUUGCUUAUACCAAGGCCUCUCAUUCUGUCUUCAUUCUCCAGGUUCCUCUUAUCGGUGUGUGCUUCCUUGCAUGUGUGUUCGUUCGUGACCGCGGUCUCGAACGCAUCAAGUCACCCGAGGAGAUUGAAGAGGAAAAGCGAAAGGCCGAAGCUGAGCGAGACGCAGAAGCUGCCCUUUCAGAGCAGCAACCUAAAGGAAAUGAAGCCUGUCAGGGCGAGGAGGUAAUGGAAAAGCAUAACUCCAUGACCUCCGCAACCGAGUCUCAAACGCUGCACCCAUCUCGUGCUGAGUCCAUCGCCGGGUGGGACGAGAAAGCCAGCCCGGGCCAAAAUUAA